CACUCAUUCCGACAGGUGGCUUCAGCUGCUUUCUUUCUGGGCCGGCUGACAACAGUCAACAAGCGCGUGCGACAGGAGACUCUCGGCGCGUGGACAGCGGAGCUCGCUACCCGCAACACGCUGGGCGGAAGCCAUGAGCGGGGGCCCGCUGUUGCUCCUUGCAAGGGGCCGGACGGAAGCGCAGUCGGAAAUGUACGGGCGCCAGGAAGCGGCCAUGCCGGACUGGAAGCGGGAGCUGCUCCGCAAGAAGCGCACCAUGCACAAGGCAUUCCCCAGCUGGGCGGCGCUGGCGGCCGGCUCUGGUGGCGACCGGACCGUACAGAAGGCUGUUCACCUUGGCGACGCGGCGCGCGUUCCGGCCGGACUGGUUUGCCCGCAGUCGCCCCGCGGAGGUGGCCCCCCUAGCAUGGGCGAAGACAAAGGCGGCCAGGCCGAACUGGAAAGUUCGGAGGACCACGAGUGGCAGUACGGCCCAGGCUUCGUGGACCGGCUGCGAUGCAAGUUUCUCAGCCUAAGCUUACGCGAGCCCAGUGGCCUGCAGCAGCCGCUGCGAGCGUACGCCAGCGUGGAAAACCUGUUGGAACCGAAAUGCAGCGUCCGGCCUGCGUCGGCACCCAAGCCUGCGUUUCAGCGGGCUCGUAGCAUGGAAACGCUGUUAGAUCCACUCAUCAAUGAGGACGUUGUCAUCGUCGAGCGGAGUUCGACUGCAACCAGUGAGUUACCCCGAGCGGAUAUUGUCCGCACCUGCAAACGCAUUUUUGAGGCCUCGGUUGACAACCGGCGGCCGCUGCGCCGGCGGCCACCAGUGUUGCGUGCACGCGCCCCCCUGCGUGCUGACAAGGAGAAUAAUCAGCCUUUGGCCAGGCCGCGGCCUGCCAGGCCCGUAGCUAACAUCAAACCUUUGCGAAAACAGGACGAGCCGCCCCCAGCAAAGGAAGAUGAGCCGCCGCUGAAAGCCCCCGUCACCGUUAGUCGUCCAGAACGUCGAGACGCUGCGCCGGGGCCCCUGUGGCCGCAGCUUCGGCAGGCUUCACCGACGGCCACCAGUGUGGUGUUUGACUUCCGGGGCAAGGACGUAAAGCCGCACGUGGCCGUGACCCGGGCACCCUGUGGCAGUCCGCUGGACUCUGACGAGCUGGACUCGUCCGAUGAGCCACUUCCAUUCCCGUCGGGCAUCGUGUUCGUCGGCGAGAAUGUAGUGGUCGGCGGCGGCGCCCUGCUCACCACCAGGAACAAGAAGCUGAAGAUACAGUUCAAUGAUAGUGCCUUGGUGACCAUUGAAUAUGCUUCUGAAGAAUGCCACAGUCCCCGAGGGAAUGGUCAUGACGUGGAUGCACCCGCUGUUAAUGGCAGGAAUUGUGGAGGCUCCCUGGGAAGCUACACGCCAAGUGCAUUGAGCAGUGGUGAGGGCUUCCAGCUGGGCCUGUGCCGGCCGAGCCGGCCCUUGCCUGCUCCUGAGCCCCCUGCAGCCCCAGAGCCUGAGGAGACUCCAGCUGCUCCUGCCACAGCCUGGUCUUUGUCUACUACCAGUUCGGACUUGCUCUUUUGAGGCUUUGGCCCCCCUAGUCAGUGCGGCUUCUGUUUGCGCGUCCUUCAUGACUUGCGGGUUGCCUCUGCUGACUCACUAACAGCAGGGGCCUCUCGAUCUGUUGAGAAUCUCGCAGUGUGUGACGCAGUAUCUGUGCAGCCACCUUGCUGCAAUGAUCACAGUGUUUACUUUAUCGCUCUCUUUUUUAUUAUUUACUUGAGUGCUUACCGUUUGCAGGGCAUCUUCCCAUUGGCUAUACUCAAGAAUCUUAAUAGACCACCAGCUGUGGUUUGCUAUCUUCAGCCUUCCAUAUACUUUCUUUUCUUUAGUAAACUUCUUGCGUUUCACCAUUUUUACUUUUGUAGACAUUUUUGUAGUCAAGGAAAGUUUACACAGUGUUGUUUAUGAACUUGUCGAACUCCAGUGAUCAAUGGCUGUUGCAAGUUGUUGCUUGUAAUAUGGUGGUAUUACAGUGCAAAUGUUAAUUUUUUGUGGGAGUGACACACUGCAAAGUCCAUGUGCAUGUUUCCUGUCCUGUGAAGCCAGUUUAACUUUAUGGUCAGUUUGAUUUAACUGAUCAUGGGGUUCAGCUAGCAUCGUUUUUUUUUUUUAAUGGUAAGUAGCUCAAUGUUACUGUUAUAAUGUGCAAUGUUCCAAUGCUGCCAAAACUUAGCACAGUAAAGUUCCUGUGUUCAAGUGAGAUGUUUGAUUCUGUGCAGAAGAGGAAAACUUGGUGGGUGUUGGUUUUUACACAACUGGGUCUUUGAUAAUGUUGCAAUAGAUCUGAAAAACACUAAUUGUGAGAAAGUGUCUGGUGGAUAAUGUGUACAGCAUGUGCCGUCAACUCUUAGGUGUUUGUCUGCUGUGGUGUAAAGGGCAUGGGUACCAUGUACACUUGUGCUCAGGUCUUGUCUGCUAUUUCCCAUGUUGACAGUACUGGCUAUUUAUUUAGAAACAGUUUUGUCAGCAGAAGCUGUGAAGCUAAUGCUAAAAGUUUAACUUCAUUUCAUUCCAUGUCGCUGAUUCCUAAGGUUGCUUUGUGCCCACUUCACACUGCUAUGAGGAUGCGAAGGGGAUACUAGUAUGCAAUAAUGCCUGAAACAAGUUAACUACAGUUACUGUAACUUAAUAGGGUAUAAUGUCACUGAGUAGCAUAUGCUGCACUUCAUAGUAAAUUUUUCCAGCCAUAAGCAAUCCUUCGAUGUUCAGUUGAUGGACAUGCCUGCAUUGGUGAAGCAUAGCAAGUGAUCAAAAAUGGUGAGCUGCUUGCAUUGAAGAUUGCUGAACUUUAGGUUGUGGUCAAAACAGAAUGAUUGGUAACAUUGUGUAUGGGUUUGAGGUAAUGUAGAAAAUGUUAUGGGUAUUGAAUUUUAACUGAUGAAUCUCAUCUUUUGCUAAUUGUUUGUCGAUAAGAGUUCUGUUCAUUAAAAAAAAUUAUGAUGGCAGGCAUUUUACCAGAUGUUAUCGAAAGCAGCAUCUGCUGCAACUACUAAUCUCAAACUAGGUCUCUUUCUUGUGCUUAAGGCGUGCAGUAUUUUGUGAUACAUUGCCAUCUGAUGUUCUCACUGUGCAGGUCUUUUGCUUAUGUUACACCAGGACAGACCAGAAAAAAGUUUUUGAUUGCUGUUGCCGAGUUCACAUAUGAAAUGACAGCAUUUUGUUAUGCAAAUACAUUUCAGUAACCUAGUGGCUGCAGUGUGCUGGUUCACUUUUUUUUAAUCUAGUUUGCUGGUGACAAUCCUUCAGGCACAUUCCUUGAAAAGUAGCAGGUAAGAAAGUGCAUUUAGUGCUUUUUGGCAUUACCUAUAAAUCAUUUGCUUGCAUUUUGUUCAGCAGUUUAUACAUCACAGGAGACAGUUUGACUGCUAAGAUAUCAGCACUUUUUUCUAGCCCCGAUAGCUUUGGUAUACAUAAUAUUUUUGACUGGGUGAACCGGGCUAAUAUUCAGAGUGCAGUAAUAUUGAGUAUAAGGAAUGUGCACAGCCAUGUUGUGGUGUGUGGCCUUCAGUUAUCCAUGGUUCCAUGCUACAUCGACUGCCAAAGAUUGCUUUAAGUAUUUUAAAUACCCACUUCGUACUAACUCUUUCUGCAGAGGGGCAAUUGUGAAUGUUUGUUGCUGUGGAGACAUUGUUCUGCAAUACAACUGCUACCUUUUUAUGGCAAACUUUUGGCACAAAUGUUUUCAGGAUGAAUAAAUGGCAUUUUGAUGUCACUGCAGUGUUA